CAACCUGGAGAGCUUCUGGAUGGUAAGUUGCUACUGGGCGUAAGAACAAAGCAUCGCGUGACUAAUGCAAAAACUACAGGCUGAAACUCUAAAGUACUUUUACCUUUUGUUCUCGCCCAACGACUUGUUGCCCAUGGACAAAGUCGUUUUCAAUACUGAGGCUCAUCCGUUGCCCCGCUUUGACAUGGGCAAGCUGUUCAAGACCGGUUGGAAGCGGAAGCCGAGAGACGCCAACGGAAAGAUUAUCGUCGAGCAAGCAUGAUAUCAUUGAUGGAGGAUCUCCCUGUUAUGACCGUCAGGGAGGUAUUGUUUAUAUAGUAGCAUGUCUGUGUCUUUGGAGUCUGUCAAAUCCAAAUGGCAUGGCCUGGCGUUGUAUGGGGAGUAAUUUAGGUCCGUACAAAAGCAACUGCAUGAAUCCAAAGUUUGAUUCACUGUCUUCCAGUUGGUUACUGCUCAUCGUAUGUGAGUGGAUAAAGCACCCCGACUCUGUCCAAACAAGGUGCGGAGGGAGCACACCUUUGAUACAAGUGCUUGGAAACUAGAGUCUAACGCCUUGAUCCUUAACAGAGUAA